AUGUGUCUUAAAGACAAUGGUCUAGAUCCAUCUCACUACGUCUCUGCACCUGGAAUGUUUAACGAUUCUCUAUACAAAAGUAGUGGGGUAGAACUUAAGCUUAUGACAGAUAUGGAUGAGUAUCUGAUAGUUAAAAAUGGAAUCCGUGGAGGAAUGACAAUGGCAUGUCAUAAAUAUGCCAAAGCAAAUAAUCUGCAAUGUCCAAACUAUAAGUUCAGCAAGCCGAAGUCCUGGGUCUUAUAUGAAGAUAUGAACGCCUUAUAUUCAGGUGCAAUGACCCAAUACAUGCCUACAGAAAUCCUAGGUAAGGUAAGUCCAGAGGAAGUACCCGACAUCCAAAGUAUUGCACCAGAUACAGAAAUAGGCUAUACACUUGAAGUUGAUUUAGAAGCCCCGGUGCACUUGCAUGAUUACUUUGCAGAUUAUCCUUUAGCGCCAGAAAAGCAGAUAAUACCAGAAAACUGGCUUAGUCUAUACAAUGAAAUAUUAGUGCGUGAUAAAAAUGUUGGAGAAGGGAAAUAUGUAUCUGGAGAAAAGCUAGUUCAGACCCUUUUUACUAAGAAGAAUUAUAUAGUUCAUUACCAAGCUUUCCAGACAUAUAUGAAGUUCGGAAUGAAGGUUACAAAGAUUCAUAGUGCUCUCAAGUUUAGGCAGUCUCU